ACUCCAUUACCCAGAACCCCCACGUGCACAUGUUUUCUUUUUUCCGGAUGUAGCAUCACAUGAAUUGACUGUCAACAUGCAAGAUGGCUACGCAUCACAGACAAAAUGCUGCUGGGCGGAGGAAAGUGCAGGUAUCGUACGUUAUUAGAGACGAAGUGGAGAAGUAUAAUCGAAAUGGGGUGAACGCCCUCCAGCUAGACCCUGCUCUGAACCGGCUCUUCACCGCCGGGAGAGACUCCAUCAUCCGGAUAUGGAGCGUCUACCAGCACAAACAGGAUCCUUACAUUGCCUCCAUGGAGCAUCACACAGAUUGGGUGAAUGAUAUAGUUCUCUGUUGCAAUGGAAAAACAUUGAUAUCAGCUUCAUCUGAUACAACGGUCAAAGUGUGGAAUGCACAUAAAGGGUUUUGCAUGUCAACAUUACGGACACACAAGGAUUAUGUAAAAGCUUUGGCGUACGCUAAGGACAAGGAGCUGGUGGCGUCAGCUGGUCUGGACCGGCAGAUCUUUCUUUGGGAUGUAAACACACUAACAGCGCUCACAGCUUCCAACAACACUGUCACCACGUCGUCGCUGAGUGGGAACAAGGACUCGAUCUACAGCCUAGCUAUGAACCAGAUGGGUACAGUUAUUGUUUCUGGAUCCACUGAAAAGGUUUUGAGAGUGUGGGAUCCUCGAACUUGUGCAAAACUAAUGAAGCUAAAAGGUCACUCAGACAACGUCAAGUCGUUGCUGCUGAAUCGAGAUGGCACUCAGUGCCUAUCUGGUAGCUCGGACGGGACCAUCCGCUUGUGGUCACUUGGCCAGCAGAGGUGUAUUGCCACCUACCGUGUGCACGACGAGGGGGUGUGGGCCCUGCAGGUCAAUGAAGCUUUUACACAUGUUUAUUCUGGAGGCAGAGACAAAAAGAUUUACUGCACUGACCUGCGUAACCCAGACAUCAGAGUGCUCAUCUGUGAGGAGAAGGCUCCGGUGCUCAAAAUGGAACUGGACAGAACCACUGACCCACCUCCAGCGAUCUGGGUUUCCACCACCAAGUCAUCUGUCAAUAAAUGGUCUCUAAAAGGAAUGCACAACUUCAGAUCAUCAGGAGAGUACGACAACGACUGCACCACCCCUCUGACUCCACUGUGUACUCAACCAGAACAAGUCAUCAAGGGAGGGGCCAGCAUUAUACAGUGCCACAUUCUGAAUGACAAGAGGCACAUCCUCACCAAAGACACUAACAACAACGUGGCAUUUUGGGACGUGCUAAAGGCUUGUAAAGGUGAAGAUUUGGGCAAAGUGGAGUUUGAUGAAGAAAUUAAAAAGCGCUUCAAGAUGGUCUACGUGCCAAACUGGUUCUCGGUUGACCUGAAAACUGGGAUGCUGACCAUCACCUUGGAUGAGAGUGACUGCUUUGCCGCCUGGGUGUCAGCAAAAGAUGCAGGGUUUUCAAGUUCUGAUGGAUCCGACCCAAAGUUGAACCUCGGUGGAUUGCUGCUCCAAGCUCUGCUGGAGUUCUGGCCCAGAACUCGUAUCAACCCAAUGGAUGAGGAGGAGAAUGAGGUGAACCACGUGAACGGAGAGCAGGAGAACCGGGUGCAGAAAGGAAACGGAUAUUUCCAGGUUCCUCCUCACACACCAGUCAUCUUUGGAGAAGCAGGAGGGAGAACUCUAUUUAGGCUGCUAUGUAGAGAUUCAGGUGGAGAGACUGAGUCGAUGCUGCUGAAUGAGACGGUCCCACAGUGGGUCAUUGAUAUAACUGUAGAUAAAAAUAUGCCCAAGUUCAACAAAAUUCCAUUCUACCUCCAGCCCCAUUCUUCCUCUGGUGCAAAAACGCUAAAAAAGGACCGCCUCUCGGCCAGUGACAUGCUGCAGGUUAGGAAGGUGAUGGAGCACGUCUACGAGAAGAUCAUUAACCUGGACAACGAGUCGCAGACCACCAGCUCCUCGGCCAACGAUAAACCCGGAGAACAGGAGAAGGAGGAGGACAUGGCCAUGCUAGCUGAGGAGAAGAUUGAGCUAAUGUGUCAAGACCAGGUUCUAGACCCCAACAUGGACCUGCGGACAGUUAAACAUUUUAUCUGGAAGAGUGGAGGGGACUUGACACUUCACUAUAGGCAGAAGUCCACAUGAAAGUCGUCAUUUUUACAUCCAGAACUUUGUCAUUUGCCAAUCGCCACCCACCUCCGACAUGUAGUUCCCUAAACCCCAUUGUGUGGUCCAGAGUCGAUGAAAACCAGUAAACUUGUGAGGACAUGAUUCAUGAUGUAUCAUAGGGAAGUGACCUGAGCACUUUGGCACAGCCAACCCACUCCUGGGAAGAAGGUGGUCCAUGUUGGUUCGGCACCAGUUUGAGGAACAAAUGGUUUCCAGUUUUCAGCCACCUUUUGUUUUUUUUAGAUCGUUGCUCGAUUGGCGACUGAAAGUUUGGUCUGUGUCUGAGUGUUUAUGCACAUGGAUGCAGUAGACUGACCUAGUACAUUCCAGAAACGGUCCUUUUGCACUGACCUCAGCAGAAUCACCUCUGUAGGAGUACACCUGGUCUCUGGGUAGCACCCCCCCAAACUCCCGCGCCGUUGCAGACUUCCCCUCGGUCCAGACUCCUAGUCAUCACAGAACCUCGCUGACAGACACGUGUCUCUUUUUGUUUUAGCUCUUCCGUUCUUCAUGGAGUGAAUGUCCUUUUUUGUAAAUAUAUCUUCAACAUUUUUGGUUCAAAUGUAUUUUUUAUUUGAUUUUUUUUUGUUGUUGUACAGUUUCCAUAAAAAACCAACUGUUCUUUUUCUAAAUUUAAAGAGCACAUUUCAUGGUCGUGAAGGCAGCUUGACUUGGUUGAUGAGAACUGCAUUUGUUGAACUUGCUAGAAAUUGCAGCUCGCCCUGGAAAAUACCAUCCAUCCAAGUGGAGUUAGCGUCAGCAAGUCCCGUGUGAGGGAUCGACGGUGAAGGACAACUCGUGCUUUCGUGCUGUGUGGCUCACGGUGACUGCGAGGGUUGUUCCUUGUGUACGUGUCAUUUAGAUUUAUUAAGAGUUAAAUAUGAUGAGACGGAGACUCUUGAGCAUCCAGCCACUGUGGGGAGCUCACCAAAGUGAAAUCAUCGAUAACAGACGUCUUUCUCACUGAUGCAAAUGUUUUCUCUUUAAAUUUUCUGGAGUAAAUUUUGCCAUGACACACGUAUGUUUGUAUGUGUGUGAGAGAGACGCCAUAAUGAGAACGCCUAGAGUGAGCUGGCCAAAACGAUGGGGUGUGUAAAACAAUUAGGCCAUACUGCUGCACUAUUCCUUGUUUUAAUAAUUUGUCAAAUAUGUAUAUUUUAGACAUUUAAGGAGCUGGAAUGGUCUUCAGAGUGACAUCUGUAGGGAUUAUAAUGGAUGUUGUAAUGUGUCCGGAUGACAAGCGUGAAAUAAAAACAAGGGACACUUUU